UAAAGUGAGCAUCUUUUCCCCCUUUGCAUGCAAUAGAGAGAAGCUGAAGAGAAGAAAGGAUUUUUGGGAGAAAAUCUUUCAAAAAAUCUUCUACUUCUAGGGUCUCGUCUCUCUCUCUCUCUAAAGAAAAGAGAAAAGCCCGUCACUUUCCACACUCUCUUUCACUCAGAUUCUCCCUCCCUUCACCUCCAAAAAACCCUUUGUUUCGUUUCGUCUCCUGUUAACCGGGUCAAACAUCCAACUUGACCGAGAGAUCCUCCGUUGGUUCUUAGGUUUCUAGGGUUUUGUCAUGGAGGAAGCGUCUUCGUCAGAUAUUCUAGAAGCAGAGAUUGUUGGAAUCUCAUUCGCUCUUGCUACUCACCGUCAGAUCCGUCUAGCAUCCAUCAGUGACGCUGGGAUCAACCAUGCUAGCCAGCUCUCUAACUCAUUCUUGGGCUUACCUUUGGAGUUUGGUAAAUGUGAGGCUUGCGGUGCCACUGAGCCUGAUAAGUGUGAAGGUCAUUUUGGGUAUAUUCAUCUCCCAGUGCCAAUAUACCAUCCCGCUCAUAUUAGUGAGUUGAAACAGUUGCUCAGCCUUCUCUGCUUAAAGUGUCUGAAGAUAAAGAAGAUGAAGAGCACAAGUUCUGGGCUUGCGGAGCGUUUGCUAGGCGCCUGUUGUGAGGAAGCUUCGAACAUCACAAUCAAAGAUAAAUCAUCAGAUGGUGCCUCAUAUCUACAACUGAAGCUCCCAUCUAAAACAAGACUGCAUGAGGGCUUCUGGAAUUUCCUGGAAAGAUAUGGUUACCGCUAUGGAAACGACCACACGCGGCCCCUGCUAGCAAGAGAGGUAAAGGAAAUCUUAAGACGGAUUCCUGAAGAAACAAGAAAGAAGCUAGCAGCGAAGGGACAUGUUCCUCAAGAAGGAUACAUCUUAGAGUAUCUUCCAGUCCCUCCUAACUGUUUGUCAGUUCCAGAGGUUUCGGAUGGUUCCAGCUCCAUGGCAGUGGAUCCGUCGAGAAUUGAGCUAAAAGACGUACUCAGGAAAGUGGUAGCGAUAAACAACUCUAGGUCUGGCGAGACGAACUUUGAGUCGCAUAAGGCUGAAGCAAAUGAAAUGUUUAGAGCGGUGGAUACCUAUCUUCAGGUGAGGGGUACUGCGAAGCCAACAAGAAACAUAGAUAUGAGAUUCGGGGUUUCCAAGAUCUCAGACAGCUCUUCCUCAAAGGCUUGGUCUGAAAAGAUGAGAACACUGUUCAUUCGGAAAGGUUCAGGCUUCUCUUCUCGCAGUGUCAUCACUGGAGAUGCUUUCAGGAAUGUGAAUGAGGUUGGAAUCCCUAUGGAAAUUGCACAUCGGAUCACAUUUGAGGAGAGAGUUAGUGUUCACAACAUCGGAUAUCUACAAGAGCUGGUGGACAACAAGAUGUGCUUGAGCUAUACACAAGGUUCUACAACCUAUUCUCUGAGGGAUGGUUCCAAGGGGCACACGGUUCUUAAACCCGGGCAGAUUGUUCAUCGCAGGGUCAUGGAUGGGGAUGUCGUGUUUAUCAACCGUCCUCCCACAACACAUAAGCAUUCUCUGCAAGCACUUCGAGUCUAUGUGCAUGAAGACAACACGGUGAAGAUCAAUCCCCUGAUGUGUGGCCCUCUCAGUGCUGAUUUUGAUGGUGAUUGUGUCCAUCUGUUCUACCCCCAGUCUCUCACCGCUAAGGCAGAGGUAAUGGAGCUCUUUUCAGUGGAUAAGCAACUUCUUAGUUCACAUACUGGACAGCUGAUUCUGCAGCUGGGUUUAGAUUCUUUGCUGUCUCUGAGGGUUAUGCUGGAGCAGGUGUUUUUGAACAAAGCUUCUGCUCAGCAGUUAGCAAUGUAUGGCUCUCGAUCUCUCCCACCACCGGCUGUAGUGAAGUCCAGUAAAUCUGGCCCGGCUUGGACAUUCUUCCAGAUAUUGCAGCUUGCCUUUCCUGAGCGUCUUAGUUGCAGAGGUGACGGGUUCAUAGUUGGUGGAAGUGAUUUGCUGUCCUUUGAUUUUGAGGUUGAGGCGUUGGCGUCCAUCAUCAAUGGAAUCGUAACGGCAAUCAUGGUGGAGAAGGGUCCAAAAGAAGCACUGGGAUUCUUUGAUUCACUGCAGCCGCUGCUGAUGGAGCAUCUAGAUCCUCAGGGAUUUAGCUUAAGUCUGGAAGACUUAUCCAUGUCUAGGGAAGACAUGGGCGUUAUUCACAAUCUCAUCAUCCGGGAGAUUUCUCCUAUGGUGUCUCAGUUGAGAUUGUCGUAUGAGGAUGAAUUGCAACUAGAGAACAGCAUCCACAAAGUGAAGGAAGUGGCUGCUAACUUUAUGCUGAAGUCGUAUUCGAUGAGGAAUUUGAUUGACAUCAAGAGCAACUCGGCAAUAAACAAGCUGGUGCAGCAGAUUGGCUUCCUGGGUCUUCAGCUGUCAGACAAGAAGAAGCUGUACACGAAGACUCUGGUGGAAGACAUGGCUCAGUUUUAUAAGAAAAAGUAUGUCAGUACUUCUUCCUCUGGAGAUUUUGGAAUUGUUAAAGGCUGCUUUUUUCACGGACUGGAUCCGUACGAGGAGAUGUCUCAUUCAGUUGCGGCAAGGGAGGUCAUUGUCCGCUCUUCGAGAGGGUUAGCUGAGCCUGGGACACUCUUCAAGAAUCUGAUGGCUGUUCUACGGGACAUAGUCAUUACCAACGAUGGAACUGUACGAAAUACAUGCAGCAACUCCAUCGUGCAGUUCAAGUAUGAGCUGAGUUCUGACAAUGAGAAUCAAGGUUUGUUUGAAGCUGGAGAUCCUGUUGGAGUAUUGGCAGCUACGGCCAUGUCAAACCCUGCCUAUAAAGCGGUUCUUGAUUCUUCCCCAAAUAGCAAUUCAUCAUGGGAGCUAAUGAAGGAAGUUCUGCUCUGCAAAGUUAACUUCCAAAACACUGCCAAUGAUCGAAGAGUUAUUCUUUACCUGAACGAGUGCCGCUGUGGGAAAAAGUACUGCCAGGAAAAUGCUGCUUACACAGUUAGGAACAAACUGAAGAAAGUUAGUCUGAAAGAUACUGCAGUGGAGUUUCUAGUCGAAUACAGAAACCAACAAGCGAUUUCAGAAAUUUUUGGAAUGGAUAUAUGCCUACAUGGCCAUAUUCAUCUUAACAAGACAUUGUUGGAAGGGUGGAACAUCAGCAUGCAGGACAUACUUCAGAAGUGUGAGGAUGCAAUUAACUCACUAGUCCAAAAGAAAAAGAAGAAAGCUGAGGAUUUUAAGAGAAUGAAUUUGUCUGUCAGUGAGUGUUGCUUUUUCCGAGAUCCAGGCGCGAGCAAAGAAUCCGAUAUGCCUUGCUUGAUGUUUUCUUCCUACAAUGCCACAGAUCCUGAUCUAGAAAGGACUCUGGAUGUUCUCUGCAAUACAAUAUACCCAGUUCUGCUCGAAACAGUGAUCAAAGGUGAUCCACGGAUUUUCUCAGCGAAUAUAAUCUGGAAUAGUCCAGAAACGACAACCUGGAUCCGGAGUCGCCAUGCAUCCCGCCGAGGGGAAUGGGUAUUGGACGUCACCGUUGAGAAACCUGAUGUCAAGCAGACUGGUGAUGCAUGGAGGGUUGUAAUCGACUCGUGUCUAUCAGUUCUUCAUCUGAUAGACACAAAGCGGUCAAUCCCUUACUCUAUCAAGCAAGUUCAAGAGCUGCUUGGUUUGUCAUGCGCUUUUGAGCAAGCUGUUCAGCGUCUCUCAGCUUCAGUGAGAAAGGUCUCCAAAGGAGUUCUUAAAGAACACAUAAUUCUCGUGGCAAACAACAUGACCUGUUCAGGGGAUAUGCUAGGUUUCAACUCUGGAGGUUAUAAGGCUCUGACUCGAUCCUUGAACAUCAAGGCUCCAUUCACAGAAGCAACUCUUAUUGCGCCAAGGAAAUGUUUCGAGAAAGCGGCUCAGAAAUGUCAUAAAGAUUCUCUAUCAACAGUCGUUGGGUCUUGUUCUUGGGGAAAACGCGUGGAUGUUGGUACAGGUUCACAGUUUGAGCUUCUAUGGAACAAAAAAGAAACUGGUCUGGAGAAUGAUGAUGAAACUGAUGUAUUCAGCUUUCUCCAGAUGGUAAGAUCCACAAAAACUGCAGAUGCGUAUGUCUCUUCCCCUGGUUUUGAUGUUACAGAGGAAGAAAUGGCUGAAUGGGCUGAAUCGCCUGAGCGAGACUCUGCUCUUGGAGAGCCCAAGUUUGAUGACAGUGCUGAGUUCCAAAAUCUACUUGAUGAAGACAAGACUUCUUCUCUCUGGGACAAUGGUGGCUCAGAAUGGGGAGUCUCUAAAAAUACAGGUGGUGAGGAGAACACGCAGUCUGGUUGGGAAAAGACUGCAAACGUUGAGAAGGAAGAUGCUUCAUCUGGUUGGAACGUUAAAAAGGAUGCUCAAGAAGCUACCAAGUCAGAUUCAUGGGGCGCUUGGGGAUCAAAGACAAAAGAUGAUGCUGAAAAUGCAACACCUAACUGGGGAACAACACCAGCUCAAAAUGAUUCGGUUGUCAUAGAAAACGGUGAGCCAGCUUCUGACGUUUGGGGACCCAAAGCUGUUUCAGACAAACCAUGGGGGAAAAAGAACUCUGAAACUGAGCCAGCUCCUGCUGCAUGGGGUUCCUCGGGUAAAAAGAACCCUGAAACUGAAUCAGGUGCUGCUGCUUGGGGCUCUAGUGACAAAAAUAACCCGGGAACUAAUUCAGAUGCUGCUGCUUGGGGCUCUACUAACAAAAACAACCCGGGAACAGAAUCAGAUGCUUCUGCUUGGGGUUCCGGGACCAAAAUGAACAAAGAAACAGAACCAGCUUCUGCUGCAUGGGGCAAAAAGAGCUCAGAAACUGUAUCAGGUGGUGCGGACUGGGGUAAUAGGAGCAAACGGGUUUCUGAAACUGAAUCAGGUGCUGGUGGUUGGGCUUCCCGAAACAAGAGCUUGGAAACUCAGUCAGGUGGUGCGACAUGGGGUUCUAGGGAUAAAUCUAAAUUUGAAACGGAAUCAGGUGGUUCUGCUUGGGGCUCACAGGGAAGAAAUAAUCGUGAGACUGAGUCAGGCUCAGGUGGUGCUGCUUGGGGUUCUUGGGACAAGAAGAAACCAGAAACUGAAUCAGGUGGUGCUGCUUGGGGUUCUCAGGCUAAAAACAAUUCUGAGACUGAGUCAGGCUCCUCAGGUGCUGCUGCUUGGGGUACUUGGGACAAGAAGAAACCAGAAACUGAGUCAGGUGGUGGUGCUGCUUGGGGUUCCCAGGCUAAAAACAACUCUGAGACUGAGUCAGGCUCAGGUGCUGCUGUUUGGGGUACUUGGGACAAGAAGAAACCAGAAACCGAAUCAGGUGGUGCUGCUUGGGGUUCUCAGGCUUCUGAGACUGAGGCAGGCUCAGGUGCUUCUGCUUGGGGUAAGAAGAAAUCAGAAACUGAAUCAGGUGGUGCUGCUUGGGGUUCUCAGGCUAAAAACAAUUCUGAGACUGAGGCAGGCUCAGGUGCUUCUGCUUGGGGCAAGAAGAAAUCAGAAACUGAAUCAGGUGGUGGUGCUGCUUGGGGGUCCAGGGACAAAAAUAACUCUGAAAGCCAAGUAGGUGCUGCUAAUUGGGGUUCUAAGGAGACAAAUAACUCGGAAAAUGGAACAGAUUCUGCUGCUUGGGGUAAAAAGAAGAAUGUUGAAGCUGAACCAGCUUCUGGUGCUUGGGGUUCUUGGGGACAGCCAACUCCCACUGCGGAUGCCCAAGAAGAUGAUGGAAACCCGUGGGUAUCAUUGAAGGCGACCAGUAGCGCAGACAAGGAUGGGAAUGAGACAAGCCAGUGGGGAGUUCCAACCAAGAGAUAUCCAUCUACUACUGGCUCACAGGGUGGUGGUGGCGCAGACUGGAAGAGGAACCGUCCUCCUAGGACCCCUGGAUCUGAGAGUAUUCUGGGUCCCAUGUUCACAGCAACAAGACAGCGCGUAGACAUGUUCACCUCUGAGGAGCAAGAGCUUCUCUCAGAUGUCGAUCCAGUGAUGAGAAGACUCAGGAGAAUAAUGCAUCAGUCCGGGUACACUGAUGGAGAACCAAUCUCGGAUGAAGACAAGACAUAUGUACUGGAGCAGCUUUUGAACUACCAUCCAGACAAAGAUGCUAAGCUUGGUCCCGGUCUUGAUUUCAUCACGGUUGAUAAGCACACGACGUUCACAGAUUCCAGGUGCUUCUUUGCUGUCUCGACUGAUGGGACCAAACAAGACUUUUCAUACAGGAAGUGCAUCAACAACUAUCUGGUGGAGAAGCAUCCAACCCUAGCUGCAGAGUUCAUGGAGAAGUACUUCAGAAAGAGGGACAAUGCAAACAAAGAAAGGAACAGCCAAGAAGCCACACCACCUGGGGAAAAAGAGUCUCAGACUCAGCCUAUUGAUAAUGGAAGCCAAGACUCUCAACCUCAAUCUCAGUCUCAGUCUGUAGUUGAAGACUCUCAGGCUCAUCAGCCUAUUGGUAAUGAAGGUGGCGACACUCAGCUUCAGUCUCAAGUUGAAGACUCUCAGCCUACUGGUAAUGGAGGCGAGGAGUCUCAGACAGAGCCUCAGGCUUAGGUUUAGGCUCAUCAGUCUUUUGGUAGGAAAAGGUAAAAAGACUCAUCUCUAUCAGACUUUAACAUCACCCACUCUUUUGUUUUGAGAUAUGUACAUAAAGAGUGGAGAUGAUGCAGGUUUUUUUUAUCCACUAGGAAACUCUGAUGUGAACUGCAAAACAAUGUGUAAACGCAGUUCUCUCUCUCUAGUUGCGGGAUCUCUUUUGUCUGAAAAUAAGUCUUAGGUUUCUGUCAGUGACUGGUUUUGUAAUCUCUAGUGAUUACCUUAAACUAUUUAUUGAAGUCAAAACAAUGCAUUAGCCA